CUGAUAUUUACAGCUUAAGUGGAGCUGAAAUCAAAUAUUCGUAACGCCCUGGUCUGCGGUCUAUAUAGCUGUUCGCAGUUCUGUCAACUCCAACAAUCAUGUGACUAACUGUGCUCCGUGCUGAGUGUCGCCGCUAAAAGCUGUCUUAUCUCAUUGUUCUCGACAUGUGCGGAUUGAAGGCAUUAACAAAUACAUAGAGAUGGCUGUCUCAUCGUCUUGUCUUUGUAACGACAACCGAUAAUCUAAAAGACUCAGGCUAAGCGGCCGAAUCGCCAAAACUUCUCUUUUUGUUGUUGAGUUUGUUGAUGAUGAUCUCUGCGCGCGUCACCAAGCGACGUUCCAAUAAAAAGAACAAUUAUUUCUGGCCGCACCCGAAGGAACUACUCGCUAACAAGUCCGCUACUGUUCAAGUGCUCUACAGCGAGAACGAUGAUAAACAGUUCUACCUUCGACACAAUGGCGCGUUUUUUUUGUGUCUCUGCUUACGUUUGUACGACCAUACGUGCGAUCACUUAUGCACAUCACAUUGCGAUCAUCUAUGUAGCGGUUCUCCACGCGGAACCGGCGCAGGGUUGUUGUCGUACGACUGCCAACAGGUUGCGACAUCAGACAGUUAUUAAUCGCAUAUUCAAGAGCAAAGAGUCCUCCUCGGUUGAAUUGAAACGUCCGACGAGUGGCGGAAAAUGUUCGCUCUGUGGCAGACGACGUCAGUGAUGGAUAUGAUGCUCAAUAUGGUGAUCUGUAUAGUACUGAGUGGAAGCCGUAUCAUGUUGUCCACGUUUUCUCGACUGGGUUCACGGUCGCUUCGUAGCAACGGGAGCGCUCGCCUUCUUACCUCGCUUGCGGAACCUUCAGGCCCGCAAUUGAUAACUUCAACAGUGCCAGGACCCAAAAGUACUGCCUUAAAAAAUGAACUGCAAAACAUCCAGAACGCAGAUGCGGUUCAGCUGUUUGUUGACUAUGAAAAAUCCAUUGGGAACUACCUGGUCGACGCAGAUGGUAACACAUUUCUUGACGUAUAUACGCAAAUUUCAUCUCUGCCCCUUGGCUAUAACCAUCCGGUUUUGAUUGCGGCCGUCAAGGAUCCGAAAAAUGUAGCCACGUUCGUCAAUCGACCAGCGCUAGGUAUUCUCCCACCUGAAAACCAUGUACACCGACUUCGAUCUGCGCUGCUUUCGAUUGCACCUGAUGGACUCUCAGAGGUCCAGACAAUGGCCUGCGGAUCGUGUUCGAACGAGAACGCAUUCAAAGCCGUUUUCAUUAGCUACAUGGCCAGGAAACGAGGCGGCAAGCCGCCCACACAAGAAGAGCUUAUAAGCUCUAAGUACAACAAAGCACCGGGUGCUCCAAAGCUCUCAAUUCUAUCCUUCGAUGGGUCAUUCCAUGGCCGUACGUUUGGCUGUCUUUCGACGACACAUUCGAAACCCGUUCAUAAACUUGACAUUCCUGCCUUUGACUGGCCCAUCGCGCACUAUCCUAAAUACAAAUAUCCUCUGGAGCAGUACGCAAAGGAAAACGCUGCUGAGGACGCAAAGUCGCUAGCUCAUGUCGAGGAAUUGAUUGGCCAGUGGGAGAAGAAAGGGUGUCCAGUUGCUGGACUGAUUAUAGAACCAAUUCAGGGUGAAGGCGGAGACAAUCGCGCAUCUGAUGAAUAUUACAGAAAGCUCAGGGAUCUUAGUACCAAGAAAGGUGUUUCAUUCAUCUGUGAUGAGGUGCAAACAGGUUGUGGCCCAACAGGUAAAUUUUGGGCUCACGAAUACUGGGGACUGAGGAAUCCACCCGACAUCGUUUGCUUCUCAAAGAAGAUGCUCAGCGGAGGUUACUUCCACAAGCAUGAGUUCCGCCCCAAGGAAGCCUACAGGAUUUUCAAUACUUGGGUAGGUGAUCCAACGAAGCUUCUUCUACUUGAUGAGGUGAUCAAAAUUAUAAAGCAGGAGUCAUUACUGGAGAACAUACGCAAAACCGGCGACUUCAUGAUUCAGAACAUGGCUGACCUUAGCAAGAAAUACCCUGUCCUUCAUAAUGUUCGAGGUAGAGGUACGUUCGGGGCAGCCGAUAUGCCCACGCCCGAGGCCCGUGAUAAACUUGUGAAAGAAUUGCACCUGAAAGGCGUCCACUGCGGAGGAUCCGGUAAUCAGUCUUUACGACUGCGUACUGCCUUAAUAUUUGAACAGAAACAUGCGGAGCUUUUCCUCGACCGACUGGAACAAGCUUUGAAAAAAUUCUAAUUCAUAGGGACGAGCGCACUGGCCACGUCUACUGACAAAAUCGUUUCCUUCAAUUUAGCGCCAACCUACCCAGUGAAGCCAGGAGUCAGGCUAAGUUAAGAGUUUCGAUGUUAGUUCUUCGUACAGCGUCAGACAUUGCAAGCUCACAUUUGAGAGGCAUUUUCGUGUUGUUAAAAGCCAUUCCAAAAUAUUAUUUAUAAAAUUAUUUCUAACCACUGUACAUGAUGGUGAAUGAUCUCAUCAUCUCGAGCUAUGCUGGCAGAAACAACGAUAGCAUAUUUGUUGUAUACGUUAUAUAUAGUAAAAAAUAAAGGUAUUAGUUCAAAUAAGCCUAAAUAUUAUGUU